GGGGACGGAGCCGGGAGCCAAUCAGCGCGCGGCGUCGUGGUUGUAUAUAUACACACACGCGCGCCGGCCGCGCAGCUCAACUCCGAGACUUUCUUCUUCUUCUUCUUCUUCUUUUCCGCUUUUCCCGUCAGGAAUCCCAACGCACGAUGUCUGAAACCGCACCUGCCGUGCCUCCCGCUCCGGCCCCUGCCGAGAAGACGCCCGUGAAGAAGAAGGCCCGCAAGUGCGCCGGUGCCGCCAAGCGCAAGGCGUCCGGGCCCCCGGUGUCCGAGCUCAUCACCAAGGCCAUCGCCGCGUCCAAGGAGCGCAGCGGCGUGUCCCUGGCGGCGCUCAAGAAGGCGCUGGCGGCCGCCGGCUACGACGUGGAGAAGAACAACAGCCGCAUCAAGCUGGGCCUCAAGAGCCUGGUGAGCAAGGGCACCCUGGUGCAGACCAAGGGCACCGGCGCCUCGGGCUCCUUCAAGCUCAACAAGAAGGCGGCCUCUGGCGAGGCCAAGCCCAAGGCCAAGAAGGCGGCCGGGGCGGCCAAGAAGCCCAAGAAGGCCGUGGGGGCGGCUGUCACCAAGAAAGUGGCCAAGAGUCCGAAGAAGGCCAAGGCGCCCAACCCCAAGAAGUAA